ACAAACAUAAUGCAUGCGUACGAGUUACUGCGUAGUCUCAACACUGCGACCGGAGCAGUUUUGGUGUAAUUUUAACAGCGUCCAUAUUUACGGAGUGAUUUUGUUAUUCUUUUAUAUUAUUUAUUGUUGCUUUGUGUAUAUUUGUGUAUAAAUCGAAGUAAAUUGAUAAUGAAAAUCUUGAAAAACGCAUUUUGUAGCGGAGACAAUCUUCGCGCUAAAUGUUUCAUAAUUGGAUACUUGAACCUCAUCGCCAGUAUCAUUGACAUCGGGUGUCAUGUUCUCAUCGUGGCUAUUGUAUCCAACGGCUUUCAAUGCGAUGUUGACAGAGACAUCCUACGAUCUAUCGACUGGCCAUGGCUGGAACCAUUAUUACUGAUCGUGAACAUUGGUACUCAUGGCUUUUACCCAUUCCCUCUCAUCCUCCCAUCCUACAACAACUUCCAUGUCGAUUACAUGCCUAUCCCCACCCAACCGAGGUGCUAUCCCGGGAUGCUGCAUCUUUACUUGAUUGACAUUCUCAACUGCUUAAUCAAUGUCAUCUGGCUCCAAUUCGUGGUAUCGUUUGUCUCCGCAAUUCAUAAGAGAGAUCCAGAACCAAUGCGCAUGUUCUUUGGCCUGUCUUUGGUGAAACUUGUGCUCCAGGCUAUGUAUUUCUUCGCCCGGCCUAGCUUCUGCAGAGACUUAUCUACGGAAGCCUAUUAUUUCAUCAGUGCUUUGGAUGCUUGCGUCGCAAUCAUCUUCUUGACGAUCAUCAACGCAUACGUAGUUCAGCUACGUAACGAGAAAUUACAGACGAACACCGACCAGCCGCCACCUUACAUCGAAUGUCUGAUUAACGGACAACCAACGCGAGUUGACGAAAAAAGGGAUGAAGUUCUAGUUAUCGAAGAAAAGAAACCUGAAUUACCAAUCGAAACAGAAUCACAGGAAAGAUGUUGAUCUGAUAGCUUUUAAUAUUUCAUUGGUUUAAUUACAAACGACGUAUCUACAUUUUUUGAAUUUGGAAUUGGAAUUCGUAACGGUUACUUUAUGAAACCAUGAGUAUUGAUAUAUAAUUUAACGGCAAUAGUCUGUGUGCUUGUAUGCUUAUUACUUACCACGCUGAAACGGCUGGACGCAACUAAGCGUAGUAAUCAGUUCUAUCCUUUGAUUACUAGGACUUGGAUAGGAACUCUUGUCUGUUUGUUACGCUUUCACGGCCAGACCACUGAAACGAAUUUGAUAAAAUUUUGUAUGAAGCAAACAAGAAUAAAGUUUUUGAUACCUGAAACCUGAUGAGAAAUACCUAGAACGCGAGCGAAGCCGCGAGCGACAGCUAGUAAUUCAUAACUAAAAUUUAAUUUGUACCGAUUGAAACAAGUACAGCAGUUUUAGAAUAUGUUUUAAAUAAUUCAUACAGGCUAUAAAAGAAAACCUUUCUUUAUAAAAUUAGAAAAAAUCCUGUAAAAUUUCGUAUGUGGUAGUUACGACGUUUGGUACUUUAACCAUACAAUAUUACAGUUUAUAGAUAUAAGUUACGUAAGGGUAUAAACACCAAAUCUAAAUGCUUAAUGCCAAGUUUCCUAUAAUAAGUGUCUUAAUUAUAAUGUAUCUGU